AUGAGCUUCAGAGCUGUGGUUCUCAUCUGGACCUUGGCCGCCCUUGCAGGACUGUCCCAACAAUCUCCGACAUUGCACCGUCGGGACGAUAAAGCCUCAGGGCCACUGAGCUUCAGCAAAGAUGGCAACUUCAAGAUCUCCAUCUUUGAGGAUCUUCAUUUUGGAGAAGACGCGUGGGAGACCUGGGGUCCUGCAGCAGACAAGAAAACAGUCGGUGUCAUCACCAAAAUACUAGAUGAUGCCAAGCCAGAUUUGGUGGUGCUGAACGGUGACCUCAUCACCGGGGAGAAUGCGUUUGCAGCAAACGCGACGUUCGUCCUCGAUCAGCUGGUAAAGCCAAUAGUUGACCGGAGUAUCCCCUGGGCCAGCACAUACGGAAACCACGACUAUCAGCAAAACCUGACGGGGAGCGACAUCCUAGCGCGGGAGAAGCAAUGGCCAAACUCCCGGACUCAAAAGAUGGUCAGCGACUCCAACGCCGGCAUAUCGAACUACUAUCUCCCCGUCUACGCUUCCGACUGCACCAAAGACGACUGUACGCCAGAGCUCGUGCUGUGGUUCUUUGACAGCCGGGGCGGCUUCUACUACAUGCAGACAGGGUCGAAUGAUGCAGCAAAGUUGGUGGGACAACCCAACUGGGUCGACGAAAGCGUCGUCAACUGGUUCAAGUCGACCAACUCGGAUCUCAACACGAAGCACAACAAGAACAUCCCCGGCAUCGCCUUUGUACACAUCCCACCCAAGGCGUCGAGCGCCAUCCAAGCGCAAGGAAUCGAUCCGGAAAAGAACCCUGGCAUCAAUGACGAUUCUCCGCUGUCGUAUCAGGCUCAAGGAUGGUGCGGAGACGGCAGUCAAAAGGCCUCUUGCGACUACGGCGGUCAAGACGGGUCAUUCAUGAAAGCAAUCUCUGAUAGCCCGGGCAUGAUUGGGGUCUUUAGCGGCCAUGACCAUGGCAACAGUUGGUGCACCAAGUGGAAAGGCUCUGUCAGCGGCGUGUCAGUUGACGGUACGGGUGUCAACCUAUGUUUUGGUCAACACUCGGGCUACGGCGGGUAUGGAAACUGGAUUCGCGGUUCGAGGCAGUUGUCGUUCACUCGAGAUAAGUUAGCAAAGGGGGAACUUGACACCUCUAUUCGGUUGGAGUCAGGAAACACUGUUGGGGCGAUUACUUUGAAUUCCACGUAUGGGGAGGAUAAGUAUCCUACUACUCCUGACGACAGGACGUGA